GCUGGCUCCGACGUUCCCGUGGGUCGCCCGGCCGGGCCGGGCGGGGCCACAGGCUGUCGCUGAGGGCGGGCCGCGGGGUCCGGAACAGCUGCCAGCGGCGCGCGUUCGGGCGGCCGGUCCCCACCCAGCCCCCGCUCUGCGCGGCCUCCUCCCCGCCAGGCCCUGUCUUGGCGGCCCGAGAGGAGCGCCGCGUCCCAACGGUGCCUGACGAAGUUCUUGCAACUUCAAGACUCAGGAGGAUGAAAGUCAUCACUUGCGAGAUAGCCUGGCACAACAAGGAGCCGGUGUACAGCCUGGACUUCCAGCACGGCUCGGCCGGGAGGAUCCACAGACUGGCGUCCGCAGGCGUGGACACCACAGUCAGGAUCUGGAAGGUAGAAAAAGGACCAGAUGGAAAGGCCAUUGUUGAGUUUUUGUCCAAUCUUGCUCGACAUACCAAAGCUGUCAAUGUUGUGCGUUUUUCUCCAAAUGGGGAAAUUUUAGCAUCAGGAGGAGAUGACGCAGUCAUUCUGUUGUGGAAGGUGAACGACAAUAAGGAGACAGAACAGAUUGCUUUUCAGGACGAGGAUGAGGCGCAGCUGAAUAAGGAGAACUGGACUGUCGUAAAAACCCUGAGGGGCCAUCUAGAAGAUGUGUAUGACAUUUCCUGGGCAACUGAUGGAAAUUUGAUGGCUUCAGCCUCUGUGGAUAACACAGCCAUCAUAUGGGAUGUCAAUAAAGGACAAAAGAUCUCAAUUUUUAAUGAACAUAAAAGUUAUGUACAAGGAGUCACCUGGGACCCUUUGGGUCAGUAUGUCGCCACCCUGAGCUGUGACAGGAUCCUGAGGGUAUACAGCACACAGAAGAAACGUGUGGCAUUUAAUGUCUCAAAGAUGCUGUCUGGCAUAGGGGCUGAAGGAGAGGCGAGAAGUUACCGGAUGUUCCAUGAUGACAGCAUGAAGUCAUUCUUCCGCAGACUCAGUUUUACUCCUGACGGGUCUUUGCUCCUCACCCCAGCUGGCUGUGUGGAAUCUGGCGAAAAUGUAACGAACACAACUUAUGUUUUCUCCAAGAAAAAUCUGAAAAGGCCUAUUGCUCAUCUCCCGUGUCCCGGAAAAGCGACGCUUGCUGUCCGCUGCUGUCCUGUCUACUUUGAGUUGAGGCCGGCGGUGGAAGCAGAUGGGCCCUCACAAGAACCAGGCAUGGAGCUGGUGAGCCUGCCAUACCGACUGGUAUUUGCUGUGGCUUCUGAAGACUCUGUACUUCUGUACGACACCCAGCAGCUGUUCCCUUUCGGCUAUGUGUCUAAUAUACAUUACCACACGCUAAGCGAUGUCUCCUGGUCCAGUGAUGGGGCCUUCCUGGCCAUUUCUUCCACGGAUGGUUAUUGUUCAUUCGUGACCUUUGAGAAGGAUGAACUUGGAAUACCUUUGAAGGAGAAGCCAGAUUUGAGCGUGAGAACUCCUGAUAUGGCAAAGAGAACCAAGAGUCAGACUCACCAAGGCUCUUCUCCUGGACCCAGACUGGUAGAGGGAACCCCCGCCGGCAAAGCCCAGGACCCCAGCAGUCCCAGUGCCACACCCCCUCAGGCGAAGCAGUCCCCUGCCCCAGCAGUGACAAAGGACACCCCCACGACUACACCUGGGGCCAGAGGUUCCUUCCCAGGGCUGUCAGAGGAGAAGAAGACCCUGCAGCUCAACAGUCAAAACACAAAAGCCCACCCAUCCCGGAGGGUCACUCUGAACACACUGCAGACCUGGAGUAAGACCACACCCCGGAGAAUAAAUUUAAUACCCUUAAAGACAGAUACUCCACUGAAUUCUGCACCAUCUGCUAUGAUUUCCACCUCUUCCUUAGAAGAAAGUCAAUCAGAGAUGCCUGGGGACCCGCAGAGCAGUCCUCUGAAGCUAAAGCGGCCCAGACUCUGUGAGCACAAAGGAGGCACCCAAGACACAGGGAGUCUGCAGCAGAGCGUCCUCCCGCCAGGGCUCUCUUCCCAGUCCAAGAGAGGUCAGAGAGCUAGCAGACCCACCCACCACCUCACUGCCAGGAAGCGGCUGAGGAACAGAAGAAUGCAGAAGAAUGUGCCCUCUUUAAGUCCUCUGCAGCAAUAAAGAAAAGAAUUGGAAAGAAGUAUCAGUCUGUGGCUUAGUCUACAACUCAUUAAACCAGAGUUUACCUCCCUUUUAGGUGGGAAAGGGGUCAACUAGGGAGCACUUAUCACAUAGAGAAAGGAAGGUGAAGCCAUGUGUCACUGUCAUAAUGCAGAUGGGGGUCACAUUCAAUAUGAAGACAUUUAAAAAUGUCAGAGUGCUUUAACCGGUGAUUUGCAACCUUAGCUGCACAUUGAAAUCACUUGAAGAGCUGGCAGAAUACUGAUGCUCAGAGGGUCUGGCCUAAUGGGCGGUGGGCAUGGUGUAAACAUCGGAUGCUAUAAAGCUGCUUGAGUAAUUCUGAUGUGCGGCCAACGUUGGGCAAUCAUAGAGAAAAAGCUUUCCCCGGAUAUAGUCUGGUUAAAUGCAUUUCCAAUGAAAAUGUUUUCUUGUUUAUUCUCUGGUUUCAUCACCUAUUGACAGAAACACUUCCUUACCAGGGCUGCCAAACCAGAGAUAAUGUGUAGGCGAUGACAGCAGCUCUUCAAGAAAAAGGAUCAUUUUAAAUUUCCUGUGGCUGAAGGGAGGUGAAUUUGUAGCCGUUGUCCCCAUGCCAACAGGAGUGACCAUGGGUCCCACGUUCUCGGUGAGCGGGCCUGCUUCCCCGGCCACACGCCAUAGUUGUUCAGAACUUCUGUCUCUUCUGCAGCAAUAAUGGGGGGCACCUUCUCUGGGCUGUAGUUCUGGUGUCCAGGCUAGGCUGAUGCCAGCCAUUGCAGCCUUAUCAGCGGGGUAGGGCCAGUGUCACAUUCCAGUGUGGUUGAAAUAUUUCUGAACCAUAAAUCCCUGGUCCAGCUCUUAUCCCAGACCAAAAGCAGAGCUGUACCACACCCAGCUGUUAGCUCCCACUUCUGCAUUUAAGCACACUGCAGUGGUCAUACCUGAGUUGUCAGAGGUGGCUGUGCAAGGUGUCUUUCCAGUUUGGCCUGUUUUCCUUAGCACAAACAAGAGAAAAAUGCUCUCACUAACCUGGACCCCUCCAGAAGCCCUAUUUUCUCCUCAAGCUUUGGCCCUGAGAUACUAAGUAAUAAGCAUUGCCCCUUUUCAAGCCAUGGUAGCAAAUGCUUAGUUGUGACUGUGGGGUCGGUCGAACACUGGCCUCAUGCUCGGAUGACUUAUUUCCUCGUUCUGUGGGAGCGCUACCUUGGAAGGGCAUUUCAAGUGUAAGAACAAGUCUGCAACAGCUCAACUCCAGGUCCCUGCCCUUGCCCUUAGCAGGGCAGAAACGAGUGCUUGGGACAGGUGGAUGCUGGCUGUCCGCCCCUCCAGACCUCCCCUGAUGCCACUCUUCUUUCUCUGCCCUCUACCUACUGGCCGCUCCAGUGCCUCCCAGCCCGGCUAUGCACCACAUCACCUGUGGGGCUUUACAGACAGAACAAAACCAGCUCAAGUCUGGCUUUGUCUAGACCCCAGAAUCAGUUUCUAUAGGUGAGGGAGACCCACAGCCAAGCACACACAUUUUUUAAAACACUCUGAGGGUUUCAUCAGGCUGUCAGCAUUGAGGACAGACAGUUGAGGGGUUGUGAAAUCUUGAAGAUACGCCAGUGAAGGGCAGUUAAAAUUCUUUGAGCUCACUGAAGAAUUCUCAUGUUCAGCUACCCACGAGGAGGCUGAAUCUUGAGGAAACCCUUGCCACCCAGUGUCACUCUGCUUCUACCCAGAGUCAUAGGAAUGAGUAGAUGCUGUGUUGUUAAAGAAUCCCCAAGGCGAGCUCCACACAGUGGGCCCUGCUGCUUUAGGAAGCGUGGUCAGGGAAGUGAUUAACUUCAGUUCCCGAUGGGACAGUACCCAAAUGAGCCACUUGGGGGCGAUAUUGCUAGCCCUUAACUCCACUGUUAAAUUUAUUAACGUAUUUUUAAUGAAAGAAUUUUUAGUUCUGUUACAGAAGCAGUACAUCAUUACCUAUUGCAAUAUUUCAUGUUUAUUACUUUCUGUAUAAAUAAAUGCUAUUUUGUUGUUCCAAA